GUGAAGGACGUCAGCCUUGUUAGUCCCACGCGCACCUAUCAUCAUGCGACCAAGGGAUCGCGGCGAUUUCAAAAUAUCGAUUAUAUGUGCUCUUCCUCUAGAAGCUCAAGCCGUCGAUGCUAUAUUUGAUGAGGAAUAUGAGGGGUUUGGUAAGCAGGCCAGAGAUAUGAAUGCCUAUACUACUGGUAGGAUAGGUAAACAUAAUGUAGUCCUAGCACAUAUGCCCGGGAUGGGGAAAAGUAUGGCUUCCAGUGCAGCCGCAAGUUUGCGAUCUAGUUUCAUAGGAAUCGAAAUCGCGCUCGUCGUUGGUAUCUGUGGAGGGGUCCCUUGCAGCCCCCAUAGGGAAAUCCUUCUUGGAGAUGUUAUCAUCAGCGACGCAAUUAUCCAACACGACUUUGGUAGACAACAGUACCCCGAUGGUUUCGAGUUGAAGGAUUCUAUCAAAGACAGCCUUGGGCGACCGAAUAAAGAGAUACGAGCCCUGCUCUCUAAGCUAGAAAUUCCUCGACACCUGCAAAAACUUGGGAGAGAGACCUCUCAACACCUUGAGAUCCUUCAAAGAAAACUCGGUGGGGAAUUUCGGUAUCCAGGUGCUAACCAAGACAUAUUGUUUGAGUCAACCUACCGCCAUAAACACUAUCGCAAACUUGACAAAGACCAGUGCGAAAUUUGUGACAGAUGCGAAUCUAAAACAGACCCCAUCUGUGGAACGGCAUUGGAGUCCUCUUGCCGAGAUCUUGGAUGUGAGGGAAAUCUGGUAUACCGUAAACGGCUUUCCGCGACAGACCCCCAGCUAGUAAUUCACAUUGGUACAGUCGCAUCGGGUGAUAAGGUGAUGAAAUCUGGGGAAGAUCGCGAUGAAAUUGCAAAGAAAUAUCGUGUCAUCGGCUUUGAGAUGGAAGGUGCCGGAGUUUGGGACAACUUGCCUUGCAUUGUGAUUAAGGGGGUUUGUGACUACGCAGAUAGUCACAAGAAUAAGACAUGGCAAUAUUAUGCUGCUAUAACUGCUGCUUCUUGCACGAAAGCGUUCCUGGAAGAGUGGGCUGCAGUGACCCAAGAAUACGCAGAGGACGUUGGAAGAAAGGGACAACAGGAUAUGAUCUCGUUGCAGAACACUAGGCCAACUACGAUGUCGCAUAUCGGCGAGAAGAAACACUACCACGCAGCAGAAUUACGGUCAUUGGGAUCGGAGAUGAACUACACUUUUUCUCAGGCGCAGUCAUUGUCGGACUCAAACGUCUUGCUUACAGAUACCUCCAUGAACAGCCAAGUCCUUAUUCGGUUGAAAAAAUGGUGGAGUAACCCAAACUCAGAACUUCUCUGGAUUCAAGAGCAAGCCAAACCCAGUAGCCAAUCUUCAACAAGCAAAGGGAUCUUGGACCUGGCUCGGAAAGCCAAUAUACCAACCGCGGCUUGGCAGUACAGUCGCGGAAUUGAUUUGGGGAAUGAUGGUGCCAGUUGCGUUAUCCUCAACCAAAUGCUGUUCUCGUUAAUCCAGCAAAUAUUACAAAAUCUUCCAUCUGAAUUUCAAAGUCCGGCGGAUUUUAACAUCGAACGUUUCAGGAAGCUGGACGGCAGCCGCGAAUCUAUUGAAAUUUCCAUAAAUCUCAUACAGGAUCUCAUUCAAAUCGGUGACCAACCAUUGAUGGUUAUAAUUGAAGGGUUACAGAUGAUAGAUCGAGGAAAAGACCCGCAUGCCGAAAGUGGUCUGCGGGCUCUCUUAAAACUUUUGCAAGAGCCACAAAAUGGUCUCGGUACCGAGGGAAGGCCAGUUAAGACGUUGUUAAUCACCCCGGGACAAACGAAACUCUUGAUUAGUGAGGUGAAGAUAGCUAAUCGGUGUGAAGCAUCACAUUCUCGCGUUGACAGAGAGGGUCUCCGAUCGUCAUUAUUCGCAAAGGAGCUGCUUGGUUAUAGACAGCGAUAA